AUGGAUAACAGUGAUUCGGAAAAAAAUAAGAAAAUUAAUGAAGUUGACUUGGACGAAGUCUUGCCAAUCAUCGGAGAGUUUGGUCGCUAUCAAAAGUUAUUGUUAUGGCUUGUCUGCCUGCCCGCAUGUAUACCGUGUGGUUUUGGAGCGUUCAACCAACUGUUCAUGUCCGACGUUCCCCCACAUUGGUGUUCCGAACCGCAGCUGUCUAAUUUCACUGCGGAACAGAGAAAACAAAUUUACGAACAAAGUAACGUAACUCAAAUAAAAAAUGGAUGUAUGCGGUAUGCAGUUAAUUGGACAGAUGUCUUGGUGUCUUCUUCUGAAGUUCAUGGAAAUUUGGAACAGUUGGUAAAUGAAAGUUGGCCGUUGGAGAAAUGUAACAGUUGGGAAUAUGACACGAGUUUCGUACAGUCUUCAAUUGUAAUCGAUUUUGAUUUGGUCUGUGAACGUGACAUAUAUCCGACAGUCGGACUAGCAGCCCUAAACUUGGGAGGACCUAUUGGAGUGUAUUUUUUUGGUGUAUUAAAUGACAGAAUUGGAAGGAGAAAAUCGUAUUUUUUGUGUUUGGCUACGUUAAUUGUCGGUAGCUUGUUGACAGCUUGCGCAAUGAAUUUUUGGUGGUGGGCCACUUCCAGAGUAAUUGUAGGUUUGACUAUACCGGCUGUUUAUCAAAUCCCAUUUAUUAUAUCUCUGGAGCUCGUCGGGCCAAACUACAGAUCGUUUAUUACCGUGAUGACAUGCAUGUUCUACACGCUUGGUCUAAUGCUGUUGUCUGGCGUUACGUACUACGUACGCAAUUGGGUAUACUUGGCGUUGGCGACGUCCACCCCGUUCACACUAUACUUUAUAUACUGGUGGUUCCUACCAGAAUCACCAAGAUGGUUACUGGCUAAAGGUCGAAUCGAAGAGGCUUUGAAAAUAUUGGAAACCCUAGCUAGAAUUAAUGGAACCGUGCUGCCAGAUACAUUCAAACAAAAACUAAAGCAAAAAAUGAUGAUGGAACGCACUCUGAGUGAAGAAAAACGUUUAAAAGAAGGGCCAGGAGUGUUGGCCCUGUGCCGGACGCCCAACAUGCGAUUGAAGUCGAUUCUGAUAACGUUCAACUGGUUCGCCAACGAUAUGGUGUACAUUGGACUGAGUUAUUAUGGUCCAUCGUUGGGACAAAAUCAAUACUUGAGCUUUCUGCUGUCGUCUGUUGUGGAAGUGCCUAGCUGCCUGGUGUGUUGGCUGCUUAUGGAUCGGUGGGGUCGCCGGUGGCCCCUGUGCCUGGCGAUGACGCUGAGCGGUAUUAGUUGCAUCGUUACUGUCACCUUGCCACCAGAUGCUGUGAUUACUACGUUGGUUUUGUUUUUAUUUUCUAAGUUCACAAUAUCAGCUUCGUUUCUAAUAAUCUAUCCAUUUGCCGGCGAACUUUAUCCGACACAAUUGCGUGGAAUUGGUAUUGGAACAUCAGCGUACAUCGCUGGUCUUGGUUUGGUAUUAAUACCAUUUAUUAACUAUUUGGGACGUGAAAAUUUAGUGUUACCACUGUUAAUAAUGGGUAUACUAUCAGUGAUUGGUGGAAUUACCGGUCUCCGUCUUCCUGAGACAUUGCAUUAUAAGUUACCGCAGACGGUCGAAGAAGGAGAAGAAUUUGGAAAAAACUGGACUAUGGCGGAUUGUAUAACCUGUGUUCCCAAAAGGCCUUCAGAGCACUCAAAUUCGUACGAAGACCUAACUGAAAAAAUGGAAAUGUCUCCUACGACUGAAACAACGGCACUUGCUACAGGAAGUGCUAGUGGCAGAUCUAAAUUCACUAGACAACAGAGCACUAUGGAAACACCUCUAGACUCAUCGGGCGUAGUCAAAAUGACUUGCUGGUUUUAGUAGAUUUCUUUGUUUCAUUUGAUUUAUAUCAUUGUUAAUUAUUAAUAUAAUAUAGAUGAACGUGUCAAUAUGACGCAUAGAUACAUUUUUAAACGUAAUUUUUAAAGCAGAUAAGUUUUUUUUAGUAAAGUUUGUUAUGAUUAAUGAAUAUGUUUCCAGCGUAAUUUUUACUAUAAAUGUACUAAAAAAAGUACUAACAUAAUAUUAUAACUGUUUCAUAGAUUACUGAAAACUAUUCA